AAAAAUCAACAUCAUAUAACAAUAGCGCUAUUAAUGACUCAAUUGAAAACCGAGUGAAAAGCACUAAUUUUCCAACUAUUGUAGAAAAUAAACAAACCAAUGAAGGUGAACAAACCGAUAAAGAUGAACAAAAUGAUAAAAGUGAACAAAAUGAUAAAAGUAAACAAAAUGAUGAAGAUGAGCAAAAUGAUGAAGAUAAACAAAAGGAUGAAAAAAGUGAUGAAGGAGGACAACUUAGAAAGCACAACAUUCUAGUAGAACAACUUGAAGAUAUUAGUAGUUCUGAUGCAAUUGAAAAAGAACAAGAAAAUGAGACUCAAAGAAAAAAAGAAAAAAGGAUACAAAAGGAAAAACAAAUUCUUGAAGAUAGUCAAAUUGAGCAGAAUGAAAUAGAUGAUUCUCAAGUAAUCUUAUUGGAUAUUAAUAUUAUUCAGGAAACAGAUUCUCAAAGUUUACUUUUAAAUAUAGAGCCUUCACAA